AUGUCUGAUUUACGCUUUCACAAAAAAUUCUAUCCACUCAGCAGUCUUCUUAAUUCCCGCACCUCGUUUCGCCGACUAGAGAACGCCUUUCGAUAUGCAUUGCAUCAUAACCUUGACCACCUCAAACCCCAAAGUCCCGAAAUCAGUGCAGGUUUCCUUGUUGGAUAUCGGGCCUUGCAUUCCGCCCACCUGGUGACAGCUAGUCAUGUAUUUCUCGCGUUUUUGAACCCCAACUACUGGCGGCAGGCGCAGCUGACACAACGACUGCUACUGUGGAAGGACUCGGGGGAAAAUAGUCAACAGUGGUUUUUCCUCUCAAGCUCUCCAACUCUUUCCACGCUCCCUCUAACUCUCUUCCUCUAUAUCUUCAAGUCAAGCCGGAUAGAUCUAAAGGCCAACCUCAGCCAUAGUCACCUGUUUUCAGUAACGGAGCUCUCCGAUCCCUACCACCUGCUCCUCCUCAUUUCUGCGCCUACCGAAAGCUUCACUAAAAGCUUCACCAAAAGCUUCACACCACCUCUUUCCCACAGUAUCCGUUAUACCCACAAUGCAAUGGCCCCCUUAUGGACGCGCCCGUCCAAGCCGGCGCAGUACCAUGCUUCAUUGAAGACCAGGGUUCAAGGGACAUACAUACAACGACCGAAUACGAAACCCGAAAUUAGCUUUCUAACCCCACCCCCAACCCCACCCUCUGGUUCUCAAUUUAAUCCAACUAGUAGUUCAGCCAGUCUGGUAGCCGCCGUCUACAGCCCUAUACUAGAAUCAAGUCCACUCCGCGCCACUCCAACUCACCUACGACUUCGCCAUCCUUCCAAAUGCAUGGUAUCACCUCAAACAACUCCUCGCCUCAACUCCGAGUACUUGAAUGAAACCCGAGUGCCUACCGUUGACAUACUUGGUGCCUUUUCAGAAUCGGCGAUUGGGAAAUCCAUGUCCAUAUCCACUAAUGCAGGUGGUGGGUCAUUUUUCUUCUGCAUAAAUGCAACAAACAAACAUAAACUUAGGAGACAGGAUGAAUGGUGGAAUGCCAUGUGUGUUUAUCGUGAUACCGCAAGUAGACAGGAAAGGUUAGACUGGGCUUAG